AUGCCGAUCGUGCUCAGUACAAUACUCGCUUCAAGUUCAGCCGCAAUCGUUUGGAUCGCCAUGGACUUUGCAUUUUCUAAAGAGAUAUUAAACGUUGAAGAAGGAAGAGGAGUGCUGGUUGACGACUCAAGUGUGCCUCAAAUAAUUCCCCUCACGAAGCGGAAGAUCUCUAUGAUUUCAGUGACUUCCGGUAUUGUCAGUGGCCUAGUUGUGGUGACGCCUGGAGGAGGCUACAUAUCUUCCAACAAUGAUUUCUGGAAAUCGAUUAUUUUCGGGGUAGCAGGGGCUGUCUUUAGUAACUUGUCUACCAGGUUAAAGUACUAUUUCCAGAUCGAUGAUGCAUUGGACGUGUUUGCGAUACACGGAGUUGCGGGCAUUGUGGGCUCAUUGUUGACUGGAAUAUUUGCCGAUAACUUGUAUGCAUCUAAAGGAGGCUGGGUUUCAGGUCAUUGGAAGCAGUUUGGAAUACAGCUACUAGGUUUGGUGGUCACUGGCGCUUAUGUCUUUGUCUUGACUGUCUUUUUCUUGUACAUUAUUGAUCUAAUUCCCGGAUUUCAUCUCCGCAUAGACAAGAACUUCAAUCGAAGGGAAAGACAAAAGAAGCAGGUGAGAAAAGAGCAACCAAAUGCAGAGUUGGAGCUGCAGGCUUCAGCUUUCACAAAUGAGAAACUUUCAAAACAAGAACAGGAUUAUUGGGAGCUGGUCGAACUACUAGGUUCUGACAACUACGAGUUCAGCGGUGAAUAUAUGAUGGAUUUCAUUGAAUUCAUCAAAGUUAUACGGCCGGAAGACUACGUUGAGAAUGAGGAGAUUCUACUUCUGAAUAAUGAAAGUGUGGGUGUUCACAAUUCUGGCAACCAAUAUCACCAAAACGAGGGAGAAUGUAAUCAGAGAAAGAAUUAA